AUGGAGAUGUUAGGAGGUGUGGUCUACUUGUAUAAGGGCACUGGAGGUCGCCGUGAUGCUGUGCUGAGCCAUGCUACCUCAUUACAAGGAGAUCAUCAUAGUGCCCAACUGCUGGGCAUCAUGGGCCGACUCCUGCUGGAGCUGGAGACAGAGCUGGAGUUCCGCGGGGACCCAGUGACACGCAAGGAGCGCAAGGCACCAGCAGCUGAACGCAACAAUGGGCUGACCUGGUUCAUCACACUGGUCCUGUAUGCUGCCUUCAUAGGGCUGGGAUGGAUACCUCUUCCUCCACAAAAUGCCUGUCAAAUUAUUUCUUUACUUGCAGGUGGGAACGUCCUCAUCUUGGAUCUGUGGGGAGACAAAGGAGCCCCACACAUGCAGGCCUUGAACUUCAGUUUCGCCUUGGGUGCCUUCCUGGCUCCCCUGCUGGCUAAACUGGCCUGGGGUAUGACAGCAUCCACUCAGAACCACACAGAGCCUGGCUUUGACGGGUCAGCCUUGAACCGAUCCUCUGGAGCCACCUCAGACUCUCUGUUUGCGGUGCCUGAGGACAUGAACCUGCUUUGGACCUACGCUCCCAUCGGCACCUAUGUCUUAGUAGUCUCUGUCUUCCUGUUUGGUCUGUUUUGUAAGAAAAGCUUAAGGCGGAAAAAAUCCACAGCAUCCGCUGAGGGAGCUCAAAGAGCUAAAUAUCACUGGGCCCUACUCUGUCUCCUCUUCCUCUUCUUCUUCCUUUAUGUUGGAGCCGAGGUGACCUAUGACUCUUUCCUAUUCUCCUUUGCCACCACCCAUGUUGGCAUGGAAGAAAGUGAAGCAGCCGGCUUGAACUCCAUCUUCUGGGGGACUAUCUCAGCCUCCAGUGGCCUGGGCAUCAUCUUUGCAACAUUCUUGCAGCCUGGAACCAUGAUCGUGUUGAGCAACAUUGGCAGUCUUGUCUCAUCUUUCUUUCUGGUGCUUUUUCACAAGAGCCCUCUUUGUCUCUGGAUCGCCACAUCUGUGUACGGAGCCUCCAUGGCAACCACGUUUCCCAGUGGCAUUUCUUGGAUCGAGCAGUACACCAGCCUAAGUGGGAAAUCCGCAGCAUUCUUAGUAAUUGGUGGUACCCUGGGAGAAAUGGUGAUUCCUGAAGUAAUAGGAAUUCUUCAAGGACACUACCCAGAUCUGCCAGUAGUUCUGUACAUCUGCUUUGCAUCAGCCAUAUUAACUGCUGUCUUAUUUCCUGUGAUGUACAAAUUAGCCACCUUACCCCUGGAUCACCACCUCAAAGGAAGAAGAAAGGUGAGGACCAGAGAGCUUUGCUUUCCAAACUGAGCUGAAAGACCGUGAGAAAGAAAAGAAAUGGAAAGAUGCAGGAAAAUGAAAUGGGACGAUUUUGAAGUAGUUGAAAUGAAGCAUUCGAGGCAUUCUGUAAUAGAGGAUUCUAGAAAUAUUUUGAUUUGACAGAGCCCACAGCUAACUCUUCUAUGCAAUUCCCAAAUACCUCCAUGUUUGAGUCCUCUCAGUUAAUGGUUGCAACUCCCCUGUGAUACACCAGGAGAAAAUGGACAAACAUUUAGAAACGAUGAAUUGUUUUAUAACUUCAUACUUACUUCACUUAUGGCCAGGUGGCGCUAUAAGCAGAUUGUCAGCAUUUUCCAGGGAUCAAAGUUUCUAGAGUCACUGUAUGAAGAUAAGGUAACUGCUAAAAUGUUUUUAAAAUUCCUGGACUUCCAGUGUAUUCCAUGAUGUACCAAGUGUUCUCAUUCAGUGGAAUCUUGUAAUGAGAUUCCUGUUUGGGGGACUCAUUAGGAAAUAUGUUUUUUGUGGUGUGUGCAAAAAGGCAUUUGUGCUUAAGAAACUGGGUAGUGCUCCAGUAGGCAGACACCAUAGGAUAUAGAAUGGAUUGGCCUUUGCUGAGCAAAUGACCAAGCAUCCAUUUUCUCUUACGAGACUUGAAGAGAGUAGUUUUGAUGAACGAGAAACUAGAAGUAGCAAAAUUGAAGCUAUAAAGGAUUUCCUAAUAACUUGCUCAGGAAAUAUUAAGUUACAUGAAGUAGGAUUUAGUCAAAGGGUGUUACCUCCAAGCUGACUGGAAGAGAAGUAGUGUACUAACCAGGCUCCUUAGAAACCCAAGAGAGAAAAUUGUGUGCCAUAAUUGAAGUUUAGG